AUGAGGCGCGGGGCCAGGAGCCCGCGGGGCAGGAACGGGCCGGCCCCCACGCCGUGCGUCCAGGCCGAGUGCUUCGACCCGCUGCUCCGCCACUGCGUGGCCUGCAGGCUCUUCCGCACGCCCGAGCCCGGGCCGGAGGGGCCGAGCAGCCUGGCGCCCGGGACGGCGCUGCAGCCGCAGGAGUCGGUGGGCGCGGGGGUCGGCCCCGGGGCGGUGUUGCCCCUGCCCGCGCUGCUCUUCGGCGCCCCCGCGCUGCUGGGCCUGGCGCUGGCCCUGGCCCUGGCUCUGGUGGGCCUGGUGAGCUGGAGGCGGCGACGGAGGCAUCUGGGGGCGGCCUCCCCGGAGACCCCAGACGGAGACAAGGACGCCCCUGAUCCCCCGGAGAAUGCCAUCAUCCUCUCUCCGGGAACCCUUGAAGCCACAGCUCCCGUCUGGCCUCUGCCCAGAGAAGACCCAGGCACCACUUCACCUGGCCACAGCGUCCCUGUGCCAGCCACAGAGCUGGGCUCCACCGAGCUGGUGACCACCAAGACGGCCGGCCCCGAGCAGCAGUAG